AGACUCCCCCUUCUCUCUUCUAGGGAUGGGAACCGAGAACCGGUUCUUCUUUAGAACCGGUGGCCAGUGAAUCGAUUCCUUGGAACCGUUAGCGUAUCUGCUUAACGAUUCCGCUUAUCGGUUCCGCUCGUUGCAAAUGUGUCAUCAUCAUGACCUCACACACGCGCUGCGUUGCUUUGGUUACGCAGCAAACAUGUCAUCGAGGCAGAAGCGAUCUAAAGCGUGGUUACUUUUCACUAGAAAAGACGCAAAUGCGGUCAUUUGCAACAACUGUAAAAGUUUAAUUUCGGCAAAGGGAGGAACUACCUCCAAUAUGCAGAAAGAUUUGACCACACAGCACGCAAUUCAUUUGCAGGACUGUCGCGUGUCUGAUACACUUCUACUUAGCGACAGAGCAACAACAAGUGAGUCAAGCAGCAGCGGAGCUAACAAGACGUCAUCUGCUAUUAAUGCCGAAGGAACACAGUAAAAUGGUAUUUGGAGAUGCAGGAGAUUUCUAGCCAACAAGUCAGCUGGGGAGUAUAAAGCAGGGGAGCUUUCACUGACUUUCCAUUCGCUUUUAGAGACCUGGACCUGUGUAUUCACGAAGAGCCUCUUGGAUUCUAACAGAGAAAAGAAAAGCUAUGGAUUCUGACAUUUCAAAGAUAAAUCAAAGCCUUACCACUGCUAAGGACAUGAGGGACCAAACCAAACUUAUGAUGCAGCCUUAUGCCAACUGGGAAGAGUAUUUGACUCCAGCACCUCUAUCCAUAGCUAUCAUGGGAGAGCUGAUAUUUAUUUCUUCCGUAACAGAUUUUUCCAUCAAUAAAAAUCCCCCAGAAGGUGGUUACAAAUACAUCAGAUACCCAGAAUCCUUUCGAGCUUGUCUAAUGCAAGUGUGUAACUCUGGUUGGACGGCAUUUAAUGAAGCCCAUUCGAGCAUGGACCAAAUUCGUCUCCAUACUGCCCAAGUUCCUGAUUACAUUAUGAUGGCUGUCAAGAUUCUUUACCAAGACAAUGAUGAGGUCAUUGAAGCACAUCUUCCAGAUCAAAUGAACAAUAUCCGAGUCAUUGCAGAUGAAUGUCUUAAAUUGUCUACUGAAACUGAAAAGCAUUUUAUGAAUGUCAUCCUGAUUAUACAAGAGCUGCUAGAAGCAUGUGUGAACGCAGAGCACGUUUAUGGGGAGGAGAAGGAAGUUGUUAAGAAAAAAAUAGAGGAGAAUAAACUGAGAGAGAAGUCAGCACAAGAAGCAAAGACAAGGACGGAGAAGGCAAUGAAUGCCUUGGAGAAGGAACUGGAGAAUACUCAUGAGAACUACCAGAAAGCUAUGAAUUCUCUCCCUGAAGGAUGGAAUAUGGUAGGAAUGGAUAUUGUCUGUGAGAUAGCACAGAGCUAUUCAGUCCUUUUAAAUGGAUUGGUAUCCAUGGCAGCUCACCCAGUGAAUGCGUGUUGCAUAGCAAAAGGCUUUUAUGAUUCUACGAGCCACAAAAGAGGUCAGCAAACUGUAGAAGAUGUGUUUGAUGAAAUCAACUCAUGUAGUAAGUCUGCUGAAAUUCUACAAUGUGCACAGGCUAUCAAAGAGCAAAUGAAUGUGAGCAGUAAGAAUAAUGAAAUUAACUGGAAAAAACUUUAUGAUCAGAAGGAGAAAACCACACAAACGGAUUUCUCUGCAGAACAGUUCCAAAGAAUCAGUAAUGAAUUGGAAAAAAUCAAUGACUGCAAAGGAAAGUCUGAAGCUCAGGUUUUAUGCCUGAAGGGCAUUAACAUAUGCAAUCAACUAGCAAAAUAUGCUCCAGAAGGCAAAUGUGUCAAAGACAUGAACGAAAAGAUAAUCCAGGAGGUCUUGGAAUUAAUCAACUCAGCCCGUGUUUUUGACAGCGAAAGCAAAUCAAUAACACAAUCUCCAGCCAUUUACCCAAAACCUCCAAUGAUGUAUAAACAUGAAAACAGGUCAGAGAACACAAGUCUUUCACAUCGUGCAACAGAUAAUGCACAAUUUGCCAUAGAGCAGAGCCGAGCUCAGUUAAACAAGACAAGGGAGUCAUAUGAAAAGUGCAUGGAGAACCUAGAAAAGAACGAAAAGGAACUAAAUGAAGUUUUGGUUGCUAUGAGAAAUUGUGACCUCAAACAGAUUGACUUCAAGACCACCAUAGAGAUGCUGGUCAAAGGUAUGGAUGCCAUGGGGAGAGUGAAGGAGCAAUGGGAGAAGAUGGUUCGCUUCUUUCAGAUGGUUUCAAACAUUGUCAAAACUAGCCUUAGUACAACUCUCAAAAACUUUGUCUCAGCAGCUGAGAAAACCCAAGCCCUUUCUUAUAACGCAAAGCUCUUUUCAAAAGAUUUGCUCUACACACAAGCUUUCAAAGCCAGUGACAUCGCCAGUCUGGUCAAUAUGAUCUCAGGAACAUACACAGAGAUUUCCAACAAGUAUCUGAUGGACCGUGUCAGUUCACUGGGCAAACUGAUGGUCAUGGAUAAAAGUAAACCAGAAUUCCAGCAUGAGCGACUAAAGUUGCGGGAUUCCUGUGACAAAGCACAAAAAGGAAUCUUAGAGCUUGUUCUGAAAAAUAAAGAGGAGUUUGAAAGGAAGAGCGCUGCAAGAUUGGAGAGGAUUGAUCGAGAGUUGCUCGCCAUUCUGCCUGCUGCUCCUCCAGAGGAAAUCAAGAAAAUGCAAGAGGCUGUUCAAGCUGGAUUCAGUGAGGAAGAAGCAGAAUCAUACUACUGAGAACAUAAGAUGAAAUAAUAUACUAGUACAAAUAAAUAUAAUUUAAUUGUAGAUUAGAUUAGAUUAAGACUGUGCUUUCCAUCAGCGUGCUGAAUUAACUAUACCAGAGAUUAUCACCUCAUCAAUCAAAAGUAACAAAAAAUGUAUGAGGAUCAAUUUCUUGUAUACUUCUCUUAGAACAAGUAAGGCUGCAAUGCCUAAAGAACUGAAACAUUUGCUUAGAUCAUUACAUUUCAACAUUAAUUUUGAAGAAUAUUUACAAACAGUAGGAGUACAGUGGAGGAAAACAGAUGCUCAUCAUGUUGAGGAAAAGGUACUGAACCAUUGCAUCACAUGCAAACGGUAUAAUUCGAUUAACCUACAUAAGCAAGGCAGAUCCAUUGAGACAAAUAACAUUAGUAAAUAAACAAAAGACAUCCUGCAGAUGGAUAAAGCAAGGGUUUGCCUUAACUGAAGAUAAGAUGACCAUCGAAAGCAAAGAUUUUGACAUUAUGCAUUUGGCAGAUGCUUUUAUCCAAAGCAACUUACAUUGCAUUAUAGCAAAUAUUUUUGUUUCUCAGAAUGUGCAAUUUGGGGAUCAAACCCAUGACCUUACCAUUGCUAGCGCCACGCUCUAACCACUGAGCUACAGGAAAGAGACUUUUCAAGCUGGAUGAAUAAUCAGAGAAAAGCCAUUAGUGAGGAUGCAUAAUUUUGUCAAACCAAGUUAUACAUGCAAUUAUAAGUUAUAAUGCCUUGUGUUAUUUUUUUUAAUUGACAUACAACAUAUACUGCAUGAAAAUGGGUUUCUUAUAACAUAUAAUACCUACCAUAUGCAUGGGUUUGUUAUUUCUUUUUAACUUUUGUCACUUAAUGGAAAAUAAUUAUAUGAGAACUUUGAAGUAAAGUUACGAAGCUAGAACUCUGCUUAUUGAUUGUCUUAGAAAGUUUUUCUGUCUGUAAACCUGUUGAAAUUAAAUACUGCAUGAUAAUGAAUGCUUUAAUAAACUACAUCUAAAUGUU